AUGUCAUCCCUUCCUAUUGGCAAAUUCUACACAGUCCUACAGCCCUAUUAUCUGAGCAUUAAUUACCAAGUGGAAAAUUUCCACAGGGAUCGUUUGCAAGGAAGUGUUGGUUACAGUGCAUCACUUCAGAAUUCAACCGUACAUCAACUAAUGGAGACUCUACUAUUGAACUAUGACAAAGGAGUCCGACCAGUAAAAGACUGGACCCAGCCCACAACCAUUUAUAUCGACUUCAUCCUUCAUGCUGUGCUAGAAGUGGAUGGCCAGAACCAAAAACUGACGACCAGUGUCUGGUACCGACAGCUAUGGAUGGACGAGCACCUGGUAUGGAAUCCGACAAGUUUUGACGGGAUCAAUGAAAUUUCUCUGCCUGUUGAAGCUAUCUGGAUCCCUGACAUAAUCAUUCAAGAAUUUAUUGACGUCGGCAGAUCACCUUAUUUGCCCUAUGUGUACGUGAAUGCUACUGGGGCUGUUAAAAACUACAAGCCAAUGCAAGUUGUCUCUGCCUGCAACCUGGAGAUCUACGCCUUCCCGUUUGACAAACAGAACUGCACCUUCACUUUCUGCAGCUGGCUGCACACAGUAAACGAUAUCAACCUCAAGUUCUGGAGAAGUUUUGAUGAGAUUGAGAAUGAUACUAGGGCAUUUUUAGGUGACGGUGAGUGGGAGCUCCUCUCUGUCCCUUCCAAAUAUGAAAGGAUACACGACAAAGGCAAAGAUUAUGCUCAAAUUAAGUUUAACGUUGUAAUAAGACGAAGACCGCUGCUUUAUGUAGUCAGUCUAUUGCUGCCCAGCAUAUUUCUGAUGCUAGUAGAUGUGACCAGCUACUUCCUGCCUCCAAACAGCAGUGGCAGAAUAACUUUCAAAUCCAGCAUCCUGCUUGGAUACACUGUGUUCCGAAUGAACCUACAUGACGAACUCCCCAUUACCGCUGUGCAAACUCCACUCAUUGGUGUGUUCUUCGCUGUCUGUAUGGCUCUGCUUGUGAUCAGUUUAGCUGAAUCAAUCCUGAUAGUACAGCUCCUGAAUAUGAACAAAGAGAUAGAACCAGAGAGCUUUAUCGGCAACAGCUGCCUCUCGAAGGAUAGUUCUUCAAAUCAGAGCACCACUGACAGUCUGUGUGCAUCACUGAAGACCAAAGAGGAAACCUGUGACGAUGGGGUUUCUGAGAGUGCCUCUGAACUUCCCGUACAACAAGAAGAGGAAUUUCUCAACAAAGAUGCCCGAGGUCACCAGACCCAGAAGUUACCAAUGAAAGAGAUACAGGAGGAGAUCUCUUCAAUCAAGCUUUGCCUUCACCAGCUGGAUGGGGCCAGCAACCCCGAGAAUGAAUGGUUCUGCAUGUCACCUGCAUCCAUUUGA